AGCUGUUGGUGUUUCCAGGUGUUUCCAGGUGUUUCCAGGUGUGUGUGUGUAGAGCAGCAUGGCGGUGGGUCUGCAGGUCGUGGGUCUGGUUCUGGGCGUGAUGUCCUGGUGUCUGCAGUCCAGCUGUACGUCGUCUCAGGUGUGGAAGGUGAGGAGUCAGGCCGAGUCCGUCUCCACCAGCCAGUGGCAGAUGGAAGGUCUGUGGAUGAGCUGCGCCGCCACCUCGCUGGGAUCCGUCCAGUGCAGCAAGUUCAAGACGGUGCUGGGACUGCCGGUGGCUGGCCCACCUGUCAAUCUGCUGUUUGCUCCCUCAGGUGUGUUCACUCUGAUCGCCGUGUCCUGGUACGCUGCACGAGUCAUCUACGACUUCAACAACCCGCUGUAUGGAGGAGUACGGUUCGAGCUGGGUACUGGUCUGUAUCUGGGUUGGGGAGCUUCCUGUCUGGCUCUACUGGGAGGCUCCAUGCUCUGCUGCUCCUGCAGGAAGAAGUAUCCCACUCCUCCUGCACAACAGUUUUCAUAUAAAUACUCCAGCAGCGGUCGAGGACCGAGCAUCUACAGAGCAGCUCCGGCUUCAGAGAACGGCAGCACCAAAGCUUACGUCUAAACCUCCCGACACACCAGCUGAUCUUCAGAGGGCUGAACUCUGCAGGAUCAUGAUGGAUUUUUAAGCAAUAUACUACAUUUUAUACCGAACAUGUUUUUUUUGUGUCCUGAUGACGAAUAUUUUAUUGUAAAUUACCUAUAAUUAUAUUUUUAUAUUACUGAUGCCAUUAUAUAAUAAGAUUGUCUAUUAAUUACCUGAUUUAUAUGUGAAGAGUUUCAUUUCGUUGUAAAUAAAAUGUUCCCUGAA